CUGAGAGUCCUCAGAGUCUGUAGGUAGAGUUGUGGCCUUUUGCCUACUUGUUUCUUGGCUUUUUUCUUCUCUUUUUCUUGCUCUCUUUGUAUUCCAUAAAUAUUGCAUUUAAACACACAAAAAAGAGAGUGAACUGCUUGUUGCAAUUGGUUCAGUGUCUCCAGUUUUGAAGGAGUGAGCCCAUCCUUGGAUCUUUGAGAACUUCCCUUUUUCAGAAGUGAUGAUUGAGAGAUGAAGUCACCACUCAAGACUGAGAACAGCAACUAAGCUCUAUGAGCACCAGUAAAAGAUCUGAAAGUGACAGCAUUAUCUACCCAAGAAAGGGAACAUCACUGUACCUCAAAAGGGUUAUUCAUUUUUAUUUUUCCUCUUCCCUCCAUGGUUUGUUUUCAACCAAAUUCACUUAACAUGAAGUUCACCAUCAGUCAUAAACUUGCAUUAUCUUUAGCUUUUUCAGCAAUCCAACUUAAAAAAUGCGGGGCAAGAAUUUGGCAGGGUUGUGAGCAUUUACUGUCAAAGAUGAGGAUAGCAGUGAUUGGAGGUGGGAUUAGUGGACUGGUAUCAGCCUAUGUUCUUGCCAAAUCAGGUGUGAAUGUGGUGCUUUAUGAGAAGGAAGAUUACUUGGGUGGCCAUGCCAAGACUGUUAACUUCGAUGGUGUUGAUUUAGACCUUGGUUUCAUGGUCUUUAAUCGUGUAACAUAUCCAAAUAUGAUGGGGUUCUUUGAGAGUCUUGGAGUUGAUAUGGAGGCAUCUGAUAUGUCUUUCGCAGUGAGCCUGGAUGAAGGCAAAGGCUGUGAAUGGGGCAGCCGAAAUGGUUUGUCUAGCUUGUUUGCACAGAAAAUGAACAUCUUGAAUCCUUACUUUUGGCAAAUGCUUAGAGAAAUUAUCAAGUUCAAGGAUGAUGUUAUUAGUUAUCUUGAAGUGCUUGAGAACAACCCAGAUAUCGAUCGCAAUGAAACAUUGGGGCAAUUCAUUGAGUCACGGGGUUACUCUGAAUUAUUUCAGAAGGCUUAUCUGGUACCGAUAUGUGGUUCAAUAUGGUCCUGCCCUACAGAAAGAGUGAUGGGCUUUUCAGCUUUCUCUAUGCUUUCAUUUUGCCGCAACCAUCAUCUACUUCAGCUCUUUGGACGGCCACAGUGGAUGACUGUUAGAUGGCGUUCACAUCAUUAUGUCAACAAGAUCAGAAAAGAGCUGGAGAGCAGAGGUUGUCAAAUAAGAACUGGUUGUGAGGUACAUUCUGUUUUGAGCGCUGUUGAAGGUUGCGCUGUAUUAUGUGGAGAUGACUCCCAAGAAACAUAUGAAGGAUGCAUAAUAGCUGUCCAUGCCCCAGAUGCUUUGAGAUUGUUAGGAAAGCGAGCAACAUAUGAUGAAUUGAGAGUACUUGGUGCUUUCCAAUAUGUUUAUAGUGAUAUUUUUCUCCAUCGUGACAAAAAUUUAAUGCCCAAAAACCCAGCAGCAUGGAGUGCAUGGAAUUUUCUUGGAAGUACAGACGAGAAAGUAUGUUUGACUUACUGGCUUAAUGUCCUUCAGAAUCUUGGAGAAACAAGCCUACCUUUUCUUGUAACUCUCAAUCCGGAUUAUAUGCCACAACAAACCUUGCUUAAGUGGAAAACAGGCCAUCCAGUACCAUCUGUUGCUGCGACAAAAGCUUCUCUUGAGCUUGGUCGGAUUCAAGGGAAGAGAGGAAUUUGGUUCUGUGGAGCAUACCAGGGCUAUGGCUUCCAUGAAGAUGGAUUAAAGGCUGGGAUGGUUGCUGCAAAUGGUGUGCUGGGGAAACGUUGUUCUAUUCUGAGCAAUCCAAAACAUAUGGUACCCUCUUUGGUGGAAACAGGGGCACGCCUUUUUGUUACUAGAUUCCUCAGUUAUUUUAUAUUAACUGGCAGUGUUAUUUUAUUGGAGGAAGGUGGCACAAUGUUUACCUUUGAGGGAACUAGCACAAAAUGUCCUCUAAAAACUGUGAUUAAAGUUCACAAUCCACAUUUUUACUGGAAGGUUAUGACAGAGGCAGAUCUAGGCCUUGCGGAUGCAUAUAUCAACAGCGAAUUUUCUUUUGUUGAUAAAAAAGAGGGUCUCCUAAAUCUUAUCAUGAUUCUCAUUGCCAACAGAGAUUUGAACUCCUCCAACUCAAAACUGAGUAAGAAAAGGGGUUGGUGGACGCCUUGGUUGUUUACAGCUGGUUUAACAUCUGCAAAGUAUUUCUUGAAGCAUGUCUUAAGGCAUAAUAGUCUUACACAAGCUCGUAGGAACAUUUCUCGUCAUUAUGACCUGAGUAAUGACCUUUUUGCUCUAUUCUUGGAUGAGACAAUGACAUACUCCUGUGCAGUGUUUAAGACAGAAGAUGAGGAUUUGAAAGAUGCACAACAGAGAAAGAUCUCUCUUCUGAUUGAAAAAGCAAGAAUUUAUAGUAAGCAUGAAAUUCUUGAGAUUGGGUGUGGUUGGGGAAGCUUAGCUAUUGAGGUUGUCAAACGAACCGGAUGCAAAUAUACUGGCAUUACUUUGUCCGAGGAGCAACUAAAAUUUGCAGAAAAUAGUGUUAAGGAAGCUGGACUUCAGGACAAUAUAAGAUUUCAACUCUGUGACUACCGACAACUACCCAGCACCAAGAAGUAUGACAGAAUAAUAUCUUGUGAGAUGGUUGAAGCUGUUGGCCAUGAAUACAUGGAGGAUUUCUUCAGUUGCUGUGAGUCAGUGUUGGCAGAAGAUGGACUUCUUGUUUUACAGUUCAUAUCUAUACCAGAAGAGCGCUAUGAUGAGUACAGGCGAAGUUCAGAUUUUAUCAAGGAAUACAUAUUCCCAGGUGGAUGCCUACCUUCAUUGACUAGGAUAACAUCAGCCAUGAGUGCUGCAUCUAGACUAUGUGUGGAGCAUGUGGAAAACAUAGGGCUUCACUAUUACCAAACUCUUAGACAUUGGAGAAAGAAUUUCUUGGAGAAGCAGAGCAAAAUCCUUGCUUUGGGAUUCAACGAGAAGUUCAUUCGGACAUGGGAAUAUUAUUUUGAUUAUUGUGCAGCUGGUUUCAAGUUAAAUACCCUUGGAAAUUACCAGGUUGUAUUCUCACGCCCUGGAAAUGUUGCUGUACUUGGCAAUCCAUACAAAGGUUUCCCUACAGCAUCUUAAAAUUCUUUUCGUCGUAAAAGGAGAUACCGUACAAUAAUUACAAAGCAAAUCAAAACUGGUGGAAAGCUUUCUUUUCCCCUUUCUUCUUUAUUAUUUCCACGAUUAAUGUAUCCUACUCAAUCAGCCAUUAACAUUUGAACUGAUCACUACAAGUUUAGCAUCAUUCAAAAUUUAAAAAAAAAAAGGAAAGAAAAGUCAUUGGCCUAUAUAUAUAUAUAUAUUUGUCAGGGCAUUGCCUAAUAUCUUUUACACGUGGCCUAUAUACUUUUUG